UGCUGUCCUCAAUCUCUGUGUGCGCUUGGCUGAGGAGCCGACGGGACGGAGGCGCUCAGCUCCACUGAGACCGCAACUUCUGUCUGCACGCAGAACUACAAAUAACCAGCGCAGGGUCGUGUCAUUUAUUUAUUAUCCAAACCGUUGUAAGAAAAGAAAGAGGGGAGAAAUCAGUUGCUGAGCUUUGUGAAGACGUUUUAUUCUCUUGGAGUUAAUCCUAUUUCCCUGGAGGAUUUUAAAAUAGCUGCCAACACGAUGAGCGCUGCGGAAAACUCAGACACCGACUCCAACAAGCUGGAGUCUGUGAUACAGAGGCUGGAGGAGAGUGUUCUGUCUGAGGAGAAGAGGCUGACUGUCAGGGGCCCUUCACCUGACGCUCCCCCUACAUGUCUGCCAGCAAGAGUGCGAGAGAUUGUCACAAAGAACCUCAACGAUAGCUCAGCAGGAGCCAUGUCCUCGGUCAUUUCCAUCCAGGAGGAGAACCGAGUGCUGCAGGGAGAGCUGGCGAGGCUGGAGGACCUGCUGGCCCACAGCCGUGCAGACCGGGACGAGCUGGCCAUCAAGUAUGGAGCAAUCAGUGAAAGGCUAGAGCAGACGCUGCGCUUUGAGACGGGAGAUGAUGACCAGGAUUCGCCCGAGUCCCGCAGCAUGGCUCAGCAGACCGUGGAACUACGCAGACGGCUGGAUGAGGAGCAAGCCGCCUACAAGCGGAAACUCACCGCAUACCAGGAGGGGCAGCAGAGGCAGGCGCAGCUCGUUCAGAAGCUGCAGGCUAAAGUGCUCCAGUACAAAAAGAGAUGUGGGGAUCUGGAGCAGAUGCUGCAGGAGAAGUCCUCAGAGUUGGAGAAACACAGUGUGGGUGGUCACAGUGAAACAUCAAAUGGUCGGGAUGAAACCAGCAGCAACCUGGAGGAUGCUUUGAUCCGUCUGGAGGAAGAGCAGCAGAGAAGCAGCAGUUUGUCUGCUGUGAAUGCAAUGCUGAGGGAGCAGUUAGAGCAGGCCGGUCUGGCCAACGAGGCUCUCAGCCAGGACAUCCGCAGGCUCACCGCCGACUGGACAAAAGCCAGGGAGGAGCUGGAACAAAAGGAGUCGGACUGGAGGAGGGAAGAGGAGUCUUUCCACAGCUACUUCAGCAGCGAGCACAGUCGCCUGCUGAAGCUGUGGCGACAAGUGGUCGGGUUCAGGAGGCACAUAUGUGAACUGAAGAGCGCCACGGAAAAAGACUUGUCAGACAUGCGUAACGAGCUGGCUCGGAUGUCCCACUCUGCUCAGGUGUCCUGCACCGGCCUGUCUGCCGUGCUGCACAGUCGGGAAGGGGGAGCCGCACUGGCUCUGGAGCGGGAAAAGGCACUGAAGGUCCAGCUGCAGCAGCAGCUGAGAGAGCAAGUAGCGGAGACGAUGAACCUUCAGACCAGAACAGAUACAGAGACGAGUGAGCUUAAUGUCAGGCUGUCUGACGUGGUUCGAGAAUGUGAGAAAUUGAAGAGUCAAAUUGAGGAGAAAGACGAUGAAAUUGCCACGCUCUUGAGGAAGUUUGAGGAGCAGAGCGGCAGUGAUGAGUCUGACAUGCAGCUGAUGAGAGCUCACACUGAGACGCUGCUGGACACAGUGCGGGACAUCGCUCAGACGGUUCUGUCGGAUGGAGAGACGUCAUCAGAAGCGGAUCAGGACAACUCUGUGGCCCUGCUGCUGUCGCUGGUUCACGACUCCUCUCCUCGGAGGCUUUCAUCCCCCCGUCGAGCCUCCUCACUGCCUCCUCCUCCCGAUACAGCAUUGUCUGCUCUCCGCUCUGCAGUUACAACCAUGAUGCUGCAGCUGCAGGAUGCUCGAGGCCGUCUGGUCUCCACCCAGUCGUCUGCACUGCAGUUACGAAAACAGCUGUCUGAGUCCGAUUCGGCUAAAAGGGAAGCAGAACAGCAAAGCCAAACCCUGCAGCGAGAGAGGGAUGCUGCUCAGAGAGAGCGGGAGGUGGCGCAGAGGGAGAAGGACCGUCUGAAGCAGGAUAGAGACACACUUGCCAGUGAGAAGGUUAACUUGGAGAAAGCUGUUCAGGCAGCGCAGAGCAGCAACCACAUCUUGCAGAUGGACUGCGAGAAGCUUCAGCUGGCCAUUGCAUCUGCACAGCGAGAGCAAGAUCAUGAGAGGGAGGAAAGGGAGGCCGCCAUUCAGGAGAGGGACCGAGCCAAGGCAGAGACUCAGAGGAUACAGAAGCAGUGGGAGCAGAGCGAGAGUCGAGGCUCGGUGCAGCGAGGGGAGCUGUCUGCAGUGCGGGAGACUCACCAGCAGGGGGAGGUGGAGAGGCAGCUGCUGGAGCGGGAGAGAGCCCAACUGUCUGAAGCUCAUGCUCGAGCUGUGAGCAGCAACACAGAGCUGUCUCUGCAGCUCAGCAAGCUGCAGUCUGAGGAUGCUGCUCUCAGAGACUCUCUGGUAAAGAUGUGCGGCAUGAAUGAGGGUCUGGCCCAGGACAAAGCAGACCUCAAUACCUACAUCCUCCAGCUUGAGGAGGAGAAGGCAGCCCUCCAGGCUCAGAGACGGGAGAUGGAGCAGGAGAAGCUGACCAUCAGGGAUGAGCUAGUCCGGCUGGAGCAGGAGAGGCUGGAGUUGGACUCUACCCGAAGCAGCUUGCACCAGUCGCUCCAGGACAGCGAGCUAAGCCGGGACGGGAUGGACGCAGAGCUGCAGAGUCUCAGGGCUGAGAGACUUAAGCUGCAGGAGAAGGUCACACAGCUUUGUGGCGAGGUGACCUCUCUGAAUUCGGAGCUGAGUCUCUCACAGGGAGAGGGCCAGAGGAACGAGGUGGCGUUAGAGGAGGUGGGCCGCAGUCGAGCAGAACUGGCCCGAGACAAGGCAGCUCUGGUGGUUCAGCUGACGGCAUCUGAGAGAGAAAACACAGUGCUGUCAGAGGAGCUGGCUGCUUUCAGGUCCGAGCGGGAAACCUUGGAAACAAGUCUGUUUGAUGUGCAGCAGCAGCUUGUGCAGGCGGAGUCUCGCAGAGAGCAGCUGGAAACGGAGAUCCAAAACCUCCGAGUCCGCUCUGAGACCGCUGCAGUUGAAAUGAAGCGUAUCCGCUCGGAGGGCGAGAACGCAUUGGCCCAGGCUGAAAGAGAGAAGCAAACUCUUACUCAGACUCUAAACGCUGCUGGGCUGGAGGCGCAGCAGGCUUUACGCAAGGUCAUCUCUGAGCAUCAGGAGGAGGUGGAGAGACUGGUGUCAGAGAAGGAGGUCGUGCGGCACAGCUUGCAGAUGGAGCACGACACUGCCCUGAGGAAGCUCAGGCAGGAGACGGAGGAUCAGCUCCACAGAGCAAAGACGGAAAGAGAGGAGCUGCAGGAUGAGACGAGGACUCUCCAGCGUGACAGAGAUCAGUGUCUGCUGCAGGCAGAGACGGAGAAACAACAGGCUCUUUCUAUGAAGGAGGCAGAGAAGACGGUUUUGUGUGAUAAGGUGUCCAGUCUGCAGGCUGAGCUGUCAGCAUCGGUCCUGGAGUCUGAGCGGCUGGCCAGAGAAGCAGCUCAUUACAAGGAGCAGGAGCAGAUAAGAGUUGGAGCUCUGACCAGCGAGCUGCAGGAGCUUCAUGCUCAGUUGGAGGAUGCAGGCUCGUUUCAUGAAAGGGAAAUCCACAGUCUACAGGAAACUUGUACUGAUCUUCAGUCACGUGCUGAUGUUGCUCUCAAAGAGCUGGAGCAGUGCAGAGCUUCUCUCUCAGCUGCUGAAGAGAGCCGAGACCAACUGAAGCGCGACUCACUGGAGACCGAGCGCCGUCUGAACCAGAGCCACGACUCAUUAGAGAGCUGCAGGAGAGAAGGGACGGAGCUGCGUCGCAACCUCUGCGAUGUCACCAAGGAGAGAGACGCUCUCGGUCAAUCGAAUGGACAGCUGAGAGAAACUCUGCGCAGCGCGGAAAGCGGGAGAAUCAGUGUGAAACGCCAGUGUGAAGAGCAGGAGCAGAGGCUGGCUGUGCUGGAGGAGAACUUGUCCUCCACUCAGAAGGAGGUGACGGAGCUGCGGAGCUGUCUGAGAGAAGUGGAGCGGUCACGACUGGAGGCCCGACGAGAGCUGCAGGAGCUCCGCAGACAGCUGAAGGUUCUGGAUGUAGAGAAGGAGCAGAAAGGGGUGGAGUUGGCAGAGCUGCAGGCCCGUCUGUUGUUGGAGGAGCAACGAGAUGAGGACAGAGGGAAGGACUCUUUCAUCCUCAAACAGAAGCUUAAUGAUGUGGAAAAAGCCAGAGAUUCUCUGAAAAAAGAGCUCUCUGUGACUCAGAAGCGUCUGAUAGAGUCUGAGUCGAGCUGGCGCAGCAGCGAGAGAGAGCUGAUGGCUCAACUGCAGGAGGCACGUGGCUGCGAGAAGAAGCUACAAGAUGAAGCCAAGAACCUGUCGCUGCGCGCCCAGGCGGCCCAGGACUCGGCCGCACAGAGCAGCCUGCAGCUGAGCGAGGCACAGGGGAGGCUGGCCGCCACCGAGGCCGAGCUGACUCGGGCCGAGGCCGGGAGGAGGGACCUGGAGUUCCGUCUGAGCAGCCUCCAGUCGGCGCUGACGCGGACGCUGGGCAUCGGGGCGAGUGGCAGAGGCUUCAGGGGGAGGAGCCCGGGGGCCAGCUCCCCUUCCCCUGGCAGCAUGUCACGCCACCACAGCAUCUCACCUCUGCGCUCCUCACUCUCGCCUCCUAAAGAAUUUCGGGGAAGCACGCCCGACAACACUCUGGGCUCCGGGAGUGCGUCUCCUGAGAGAGGCGGCACUCCGCUUCCUCUUCCUCCAACAGAACUUGACCCCGACACUCUGCGAAGCGGUCUCAGGGACUUCCUCCAGGAGCUACGUGAUGCCCAAAGAGAGAGGGACGAUGCCCGGUGCCAGCUCGGGGCCCUGCAGCGGGAACUGGAAGGGCAGAGGGGAGAGCGAGACUGUGUCCAGAGUCGCCUCACUCACAUGCUCAACACCUUACAGGAGUGUCAAGAAGGGAAGCGGGGUCUUGAUGAGCGUCUGACCACCACUCAGCUUCUGCUGCAGCAGCAGGAGGAAGCAGUGAGGAGAGGGGACCGAGAGAGAAGAGCUCUGGCCGACAGGGUGAAGGAUUUAGAGCGAUCGCUGCAGGCCUCGGAGACUGAUAGGAAGCACGUUCAGGAUCAGUUGAACAAGCAGCGUGCUGCGGAGAUGCGGCUGGAGGCUGAGAGGAGGCGUCUGCGCGAGGCGCUGGAGGCGGCCGAAGUGCGGGCCACCAGAGUGGAGCUGGGGAGGCGCAGCCUGGAGGGGGAGUUGCAGAGAUUCAGACUCAGUCUGGGAGAUCGGGAGGCUGAGACGCAGGCUUCACAAGACCGCCACGGCUCUCUGCUCAAACAGGUGGCAGACGGAGAAGCCCGUGUUUCUCUGCUUCAGAGGGAGGUAGAGAGACUGAACCAAGCUCUGCUCAGAGCUCAGGAAGGUGAAUCUGCCCUCAAACAGAAGGUCACGUCUCUCAGCCAGAACCUGCAGGACGUGGCGGCCGCUCACAGCAGCACGCAGGCUCGUCUGGUUGCUCUGCAGAAGACGUUGAGUUUGACUGAACAGGACAAAAAGCUUCUACAAGAACGAACGGACGAAGCCCGCGCUUCAUCAGCUGACGCAAAGAGAAGCAUGACUGCCCUCUCUGAGCAUGUGCAGAGCCUGCAGAGCGAGCUGGACCAGAGCGAGCUGCAGCGAGAGCAGCUGGAGGCCGAGCUCAACAAUGCUCAGGAGGCACUGCGUCAGCGUUUGGCGGGUCUUGCGGAGGCUCAGCGCAGCGCCCAGCUAGCUCAGACAGAGCGAGCUGCUGUGGAGGAGCGGCUGCUCGGCCUCCAAAGAGCAGUCGCCAUGCUAGAGACUGAGAAAAAAGAUGCGGAGAGACAGGCUGCCAGGCUGGAGAAAGACAAGAAUGCACUGAGGAACACGCUGGAUAAGGUUGAACGUCAGAAGCUGAAGUCUGAGGAGGGCGGCAUGCGGCUGUCUGCGGAGAAGAAUCGCCUGGAUCGCUCCCUGAACACGGCUGAGCAGGAGCUCCAGGAAGCACAGCAGCAGAUACACUUGCUGCAGGCUCAGCUGGCCGAGACGGAGCAGUUGCAGAGUCUGUGUGAUGCUUUGGUGCGGCAGCGUGAUGAGGCCCAGCGGGAGGCAGAGAAGCUGAAGACCAGUUUCAGGGACAUGGAGCGAACUCUGGGCACCAGAGAGCGAGCUCACCGGCACCGCGUCAAAGGCCUCGAGGAGCAGGUGUCGACUCUGAAGGAGCAGCUGCAGCAGGAGAUGAAGCGGCGACAGGCUUCGCUCUCAUCGCCGUUGCUGUCGGCAGGAAACUGAAGCAGCUUCUGAUUCAGAAAAACUCCUCCAGAGAAAUGCCCCCAGAAAUGUGUUAAUAUUUUAACUCUGCUACCUUUUCUUGUGACUUUUAAAUGAAAAAUAAUGUCAGUUAUUGAUAAUAGAGGCAGUAAAGACCACUGACGUGCAGCAUCGGCACAAAGGGGAUCAAUGAGAUCCACUCGCAGCUGUCCUGAAAACACCAGCAGCCCAAUGUUACCUGGCAACCACUAAUGCUUGUUUCCUGCUGCACGCUCCAAUUCAAGAUCAGAACCUAAUGAAGGUAGGAUUCUUGUCUUGUCUGGACAUUUAGCAGGAAUGAAGAUCUGCUGGUUGUUCGGUUGUGGCUUUGAUCAAUUCUUCCAUGUUUAUAUUAACACUUUUGAAAACAGAAAAGAGCAAAGAAACAAAAAUAAUGAACAAUCUGUGAUACGUGUGACGUAGAGACACUAAUUUAUCGCUGAAACAGAAAGGUGACUAAAUGUUUCAGUAAGAUGAUAAAAUUAGCUUGUAUUUUUUUAAUUCUUUAAUAUUAGUUUUAUUUUCCUUAUUGUACGAACACUGACAGACUAAUGAUUCAUGACAGCAGCAUCACUUUUGUGGAUGACACUCAUGGCAGCCACAUGUUUGCUGAAUAAUAAAGUGACUAUGAUUAUAA